AUGGCAAACCCUAAGGAAACGCCGUCCAAAGUGGCUGCCAGCGCACUCUCAGACCUGGAUUUGAAAGAGUCCAAAAACAACCUGAGCGAAAAACUGGACGCAGUCAAAGAACAGGGCGAUAGCGAGGCGGCAUUGGACCUCAGGCUCAGCUCGGCCGCGGAGUCACACCAGGAGUUUCUGAAGUCACACCAUGUGCAUCGCCACAAGCUCAAGGAGCUGGAGCAGCACGAGCCGCUGCUGAUGGAGAACAAACGUAGAUUCGUGCUGUUCCCCAUCAAAUACCACGAGAUCUGGCAGGCGUACAAGCGUGCGGAGGCGUCGUUCUGGACCGCAGAGGAGAUUGACUUGUCCAAGGACCUGCACGACUGGAACAACCGCAUGAACGAAAACGAGCGGUACUUCAUCUCGCGGGUGCUGGCGUUUUUCGCCGCGUCCGACGGGAUCGUCAACGAAAACCUGGUGGAGAACUUCUCGGCAGAAGUGCAGAGCCCCGAGGCCAAGUGCUUCUACGGGUUCCAGAUCAUGAUGGAAAACAUCCAUUCCGAGACUUACUCGCUGCUGAUCGACACCUACAUCAAGGACCCCAAGGAAAGCGAGUUUCUGUUCAACGCUAUCGAAACCAUCCCACAAAUCAAGGAGAAGGCCCAGUGGGCCAUUAGGUGGAUCCAAGACUCCGAUGCCCUGUUCGCGGAGAGACUGGUGGCCUUCGCAGCAGUCGAAGGUGUGUUCUUCUCGGGCUCUUUUGCUGCCAUCUUCUGGCUGAAGAAGAAGGGGCUGAUGCCAGGUUUGACAUUUUCCAACGAGUUGAUAUGCAGAGACGAAGGUCUGCAUACUGACUUUGCGUGUUUGCUGUUUGCACACUUGAAAAACAAGCCCGAUCCAAAAAUCGUGGAGAAAAUCAUCACCGAGGCUGUCGAAAUCGAACAAAGAUACUUCAGGGACGCCUUGCCUGUAUCGCUGCUAGGCAUGAAUGCAGAUCUGAUGAACCAAUAUGUGGAGUUUGUCGCGGACAGACUUCUAGUGGCUCUGGGCAACGACAAAUUCUAUAACGUAACGAACCCAUUUGAUUUCAUGGAGAACAUCUCAUUGGCUGGUAAAACUAAUUUCUUCGAGAAGAGGGUUUCUGAUUACCAGAAAGCCGGUGUAAUGGCUAAAUCUACUAAUACUGAGGCUGAAGGCGGUGCCUUUGCUUUCGAUGAGGAUUUUUAA